AUGCUGAAGGUUUUGUUGGACGCAAAAGAUUACGACUGUGAUGAUAAACGCAACGGAUACUUUCAAGAUCUCGUGAAACGUCUCCAUAACGCACCCCGCAACGUAAACAAACUUCCACCUUUGGUAAGAUUGCUACAGUUAGAUUCACUGUUAUUCUUUAUCCGAAAAGAUUACGGAUGGACAUUUAUUGGCCAUUCUGACUACAAUUGCGACCUGGAAAAGAAGGCCGUUCAAGCCAUUGAGAGAUGCUCACCAACACCUCCAGAAAGCCUCGGGGAGAGCUACACAAACUUCGAACAGUACUAUUUUGCAUUUUAUAGAAGAAAAUUGAAGUGA